AUGUCGCGCACAACGAGUCAAGCGUACAAGCACAUGAGGUCUGCCCUUGCCUUGUGGCCCAAGGACAACCUCCGCCCCGAGACACAGUUCAGCGAAAUCAUCCAGAGAGGCAUCGAGAGGAGGUAUACCAAGCCCAAUGUCGUCGACGAGGCCAAGGAGCUGAAGCAGGCCAACGCCAUGUUCGCCCUCACCGACGAUCGCUUCAAGAAGAGGUUCCCCCUCAAUGGCGAACUCUUGAAGCCCGAAAGCCAGCCCACAUACUUCCAAGACCUGUUGAGAGAGCUCGAGGAGGCCCCGACACGAGGAUGGCUGCAAAACAUGUCCAAGAAGUUGUCGGGCAUGAACGACGCAAAACCAAACUACCACACAACACAAACACCCACACGAGACACCAUCCAUAUAAUGGCGUCGCACGGCGAAAAGGAAGCCAUCUGA